CACAGUCCUGAUGGAGCUGCGGAUCCUGCUGCUGCUGCUGCAGAGCGCCGUCAGCAGCAGAGGAACCAGAAUCAGACGCUACGCCAUCAACCCUCUGGGCCACAGGUGGACACACCACAACAUCACAUACAGUAUCGUGCAGUUCCCGUCCUCUCUGUCUCCUGAGGACACCAGGAAGGCCCUGAGCGUUGCUUUCACUAAAUGGAGUGAUGUCUCCCCGCUGACCUUCAGAGAGGUCAACGCCUCUGCUGACAUCACCAUAGGUUUCUACUCCCUGAACCACACUGACUGCUGGAGCGCUCCUCUCCACCCUUGCUUCGAUGGUCUGAACGGAGAACUAGCUCACGCCUUCCUGCCCCCCCGAGGAGAGAUCCACUUCGACAACCAGGAGUUCUGGAUCCUGGGGAAGUCCAGGUUCAGUUGGAAACAAGGUGUGUGGCUGAAUGACCUGGUCCAGGUGGCGGCUCAUGAGAUCGGUCAUGCUCUGGGGUUGUGGCACUCCAGAGACCCGGAGGCGCUGAUGCAUCCGAACGCCACGUACACCGGCCAGAGGAACGUAGCUCAGGACGACGUGUGGGGCAUCCAGAGGCUCUACGGGUGUUUGGAUAAGAAGCGGGUUUGUGACCCGUGGGCCCGGCUGGGUUUCUGUGAGCGGCGGAGGACAUUCAUGAAGAAGAACUGUGCUCAGCGCUGCGACCUGUGCUACGAGCCGUUGGAGGCUGUUACCACGCCGGUGCCGUCCGCCAACGUGAAGAUCAAGAUGGUUACCCGUGGGAAGGUGGUUGGUUUCCGCUGUGGCAACAAAAAUCUCCGAUCCCCACCCAAAGUCAGCUGGUACAAAGACGGUGAGCAGAUCCUGACCUCCAUCCCCGGCUACAUCGUCAUGAAGGACCGAGAUCUCCGCAUCGUGGCUAACGAGUUUAACGAGGGCGUCUACACCUGCCGGAUCCACCGGCGGGGCGACAUCAUCUCAGCAAACUCCUGGUUCAUCCGGCUGAAACCUGAGCAGCCGUCCAACAGCUGAGGACCAAACAAACUUUGGAUCUGCAGAACAAUCACAUUCUGUCUGAUCCAAGAGGAGGGUUUGGACGGGUUGGACCUGUCCAGGGGAUCUGAUGGUGGAACUGGUGGCAGCUCUGUGAAAAGACAUUUUGAUGGACUUAUAAAUCCACUAAUUGGUCCUCUGAAAGUCCUGGUAUGAUGUCAUGUGUCAGCUUUCGUCUCUUCUCAGCAGUUUGUGACUGACCUUCACCUGUGGGACGUCAUAUCUGUCAUGACGCAUCCCUGUCAUCAUCAGCAGGAAGUCCUUAUUCUAGUAUUUACCAUUUUGAACUUCCUGAGACAUCGUGUCCUCACUAACAUCUCGUUAAGACAUUGUGUCCUCGCUAACAUCUCGUUGAGACAUCGUGUCCUCGCUAACUUCUCGUUAAGACAUUGUGUCCUCGCUAACAUCUCGUUGAGACAUCGUGUCCUCACUAACAUCUCGUUAAGACAUUGUGUCCUCGCUAACAUCUCGUUGAGACAUCGUGUCCUCACUAACAUCUCGUUAAGACAUUGUGUCCUCGCUAACAUCUCGUUGAGACAUCGUGUCCUCGCUAACUUCUCGUUGAGACAUCGUGUCCUCGCUAACAUCUCGUUGAGACAUCGUGUCCUCGCUAACAUCUCGUUGAGACAUCGUGUCCUCGCUAACUUCUCGUUGAGACAUUGUGUCCUCGCUAACAUCUCGUUGAGACAUCGUGUCCUCGCUAACAUCUCGUUGAGACAUCGUGUCCUCGCUAACAUCUCGUUGAGACAUCGUGUCCUCGCUAACAUCUCGUUGAGACAUCGUGUCCUCGCUAACAUCUCGUUGAGACAUCGUGUCCUCGCUAACAUCUCUUUGAGACAUCGUGUCCUCGCUAA